GCACGGCGGCGGAUUACUAUGGCAACUGCAUGAGCGGCCUCGUGUGCGCCCCCCCGGCGAACGCCGCGAUAGGCACCUCCAACGUCUGCGCCAACAUCUGCGGCAGGUUCGACGGGAGCGGAGAUCACGUCACCGGCCCGUGCAACCGGAUGCAGUCUUGCAGCUGCAAGGCGCAGGUGCCGUGCAGCCCCUGGCAGCAGGGGGCCGCCGGAUGCUACAUGUACUGCUGCUGAGCGAGGGGGGGGCCCGCGGGUGGACUUGGCAGAGGCCCCUCGAUACCCGUACCACGAGAGCGAACCAGCAGCACCUUGUGGCGCGUUUUGCGAAGCAAAGGCUUCGACGUCGGGCUCUCUGGGCCUGCGUGCGUGCGGGCACUCCGGGGACAGAGCACGCCCCGCGGCGGUGCAGGCGGGGUGGCGGCGGCUCCUCCGUGGCCACCUCUGCCCACUGUCGAAUGCCUCGGCCCGACGGAUGAGGCGCUCUGCGAUGGCAGAGAG